CCUUUUGGAGUAUAUGGUUUUCGCGGCCGGACAUCAUUGCGCAUCGCGCGCUUGUUUUGUUUAUUCUUUACGCGGGUUUUUCUCUCUUUCUUUCUGGCGUCCUCAAGUACCUUAUGUACAUAAGCUGGCGAGUGUAUGUCGAAGGCGAAAAAUUGAAUAACUUCCAACUAGCUAAAUUUAUAUUUAGCGUUAAUAUUGGCCGCAAUGAUUUUUUUCUUUUUUCGCUUUUUAUUCUUUUCGCGCAGUGAUUGUUAACGUUCGCACCUGAUGCCUGGUGUAUUGGACUUGGGCUUAUAGGCUUAUGGGUGUCUGGUGGAGCCAUCGAGUCUAGCUGUCCGUUAUGUCUAUCUUAUAAUAAUAUCGUAACGCGUGUGAUACAUAUAUGUGCACCGGAGUUUACGAUAUACGUACUCGUAUAAUAAUCGAAUCGAGCGCGUGAAAAUUAAUCGUGAUUUUACGCCAAACGCGUUCGUAUAGUACGAUCGUACAUAUAUGCAUGCGUGUGAUUUAUCGCACGACGCCAUGUUUUAACCAUAAUACUCGUACCUACCUAUACUUGGAUACUUUGUAAUUGUAAUUCGAACAGAGAGAACAUGUACACCAGUAAAUCAGAUACAGACAGCAGAUCUUCCAGUACCUCGAAUAUACACAAGAAUAGUACCUUCAAUUCGCAAUAUACCGAGAUAUCACCUAGUUCUUCGCAUUUUUUCGAGGUACUCUACAUCGGAAAAAUUCGCGUCUCUAAUCGUAAAAUAAAUGAAGCUUUCAUAGACGCAGCUUUAGUAAAAUUUCGUCAAAACGAGCUACACAGACAUUUGUCAAAAAACGGUUACCAGCAUAUCCGGAGACCUUCGCAGGAUGUUGAAAUCAAACUCGGUGAAAACGGAUACGAUCAUAGCAAAUCGUCAUCUUUUCGAGUUUUAUCUGAAAUUAAUAAACCACCAACAGAAAGAUCAAGAGCCAAUUCGAUAGCAUCGUUUCACACAUCUGGUGGAGAAAACUCAUCGCACCGUUCGGACGAUGUGGAAAUGAACCGUACGAUGGUGUUUCACGUAGGACGUACAGAUUUAAGGCUCAUAAGCACUGAUCGUAAAGAAGUUCUUUUAUACAAACAACUUAGAGAUGUUAUAAAUUGUGUUCACGGCAAGGAGGAAACCGAUCAUUUUGGAGUAAUAUGUCGAGAUCCGAAUAGCCCGAACACUUAUCUCGGUUAUGUAUUCAAGUGUGAAUCGAAUUCUGUUGUCUCUGAAAUAAUAGGAGCGAUAACUCAGUCUCACGCUCUGGGGAAGAAGAAAAGCAAUGUUGUUAUGAACUGCGAGCAUUGCCCGAUGGUUUGGUUUCAGAGACUUUUAAACGAGAUUGAAGGAAUGAAAGAUCAAGAUACACAAAACACGAUACUCAAAAGACUCGAAGAACUACCGGAAGACGAACAAGAGAUGAUAUUGAAUAAAUUGAACGCCACAGCUUCAAUUAGCAUUAUUGACGACAACUGCAAAGAGCAGAACCAGCUUCUGUUGACAUUGCUGAAAGCACAUUGCGACGGCAAACAAAGCCGGCAUGUUCACGAUACUGUCGAAAACAGGCAUGAAUUUUUAAACCAUUAUUUGGGCGGUGGAACGAUUUUCAUGAAAGCCAAGCGUUCAUUGACUAGUUCGUUUGAUCAGCUUUUGAAAAGGAAGCCUUCCAGAGAUGAUUUUGGUGUUAUCAAUAAAGAGGCUAUAGCUCCUCCCGCUAAACCAGCUGCUAUUACCAAGGAACAUUCUCAGUCUUCAAUAUCGUCCUUGGAUGUCGUCGAAGAGAAUAAUGCUCCCAAGAAUGUUAACUCCUUGUCAAGUAUCGUUAAAGAAAAAGAAAGCGGAUAUCUGUCUGAUUCUGCGUCACCCCAUAAAGGAGGUUUAAAUAGUCCUAAAAAUAUGAGAGAAAUAUUUCUUAAAGUAGGCAAUUCGCCUCGAGCCUCAAUAGUACCUUCUGAUAACGAAGCUGACGACCUAGAAAACGAAGGAGGAUCUUGGAGACAUAAUAUUUUCAAAAAUGUUGUCACUCCAAAUAAACUUGCAAAAGAAGCUCCAAUAAAAGCUCGUGGAAAAGAAGAAUUACGUGCCUUGUGGAAAAAAGCCAUCAAUCAACAAAUUUUAUUAAUCAGGAUGGAAAAAGAAAAUGCCAAAUUAUAUGCUAGACAAGAAGAAGCCACCAUGAAACGGAUAAAAUUAGAAUACGAUGAUAUCUGCACAUCGGGAAAAGAAAACACCGAAGUGUGGGAAGUCAUGAUCAACAAAGGAAAUCGUAAAUACGACGAUCAAAUGCUUUUACAAGCUGUACGAAAAGGUGUUCCUAGAAGUAGACGAGGAGAUGUUUGGAUAUUUUUAGCGGAGCAUUAUUGUUCGAAAAUGCCUCCUCCUAUCGAUUGCUACAAAUUUCCGAAAUACAAUGUGCCAUAUGAACAAUUACUAAAAGAGCUUACAUCUCAACAACACGCUAUAUUAAUCGAUUUAGGGCGAACAUUCCCGAACCAUAGUUAUUUCAUGUCUCCUUUGGGACCUGGUCAACUCGGACUGUAUAAUUUAUUGAAAGCGUACUCGCUGUUGGAUGAAGAAGUAGGAUAUUGUCAAGGAUUGAGCUUUAUCGCUGGAAUACUUUUGUUACACAUGAGCGAAGAUCAAGCUUUCAUUAUGUUACGACAUUUGAUGUUCAGACGUAACCUCCGACAACAAUAUUUACCUGACAUGGCCGGACUUCAAGUGCAAUUGUACCAAUUAACUAGGUUAUUGAAAGAUUAUCUGCCGGAAUUAUACGAACAUUUUGAUAAACACGAAAUAUCUCCGAUAUUAUACGCCGCUCCGUGGAUAUUGACCAUUUUCGCUUCUCAAUUUCCUUUAGGAUUUGUUGUGCGGAUUUUUGAUUUGAUUUUCGUCGAAGGAUCUGGUGUAUUGUUCAAAGUGAUAUUAGCUUUGCUUAGUCAUCAUAAAGAUGCUUUAUUAGCAUGCGAUGGAUUCGAAUCGAUCAUGGAUUAUUUAAAAAUAACGGUACCAGAAAUCGAUAAAAAUGUUUUAGAUCUUGUGAUUAAACAAGUUUCUACUACAGAUAUUACGAAACCAUUGUUAGAAUAUAAUGUUGAAUAUCACGUAUUACAAGAAGAACUUUCCACCCCUCGUCCCGAAACUAAAAAAUUGAAACAGAUGGAAGAAGUUAAUAAAGCUCUUAAAGAAAAAAAUCAAUCGUUGAUGGAACAACUAGAGAUCGCUCUCAGCAACAACAGUCGUUUGGAAACAGUCCGGGUGAAACAUUUAUCGCAAAUUAAUAAAUUGGAAAGUGAAGUACGUGCUUUAGAAGUAACGGUCAACACGUUGGGAAAUUUUAUAUCGACGAUAGCGUACGGAAAAAGCGACAUUGAAAUACCAAACGACGUUCUCAGAAUUUUAUCUCAGUUGAAUAUGGCCGAAAGACGUCGUAGCUUACCGAAAUCAUCGUUGACUGAUUUAAACGUCGAUUUUAAAGCAGCUAAAGAUCAACAUAUCACUCUUGGUCAAAUCAAGUCUAAUAGUUUGACGCCUAAAAUGGGUUCGUCGUAUUUUGCCAACUCAUUCGAUCAAAUUCGCCAACAAAAAUUGAAUCAGUUACCAAAUAACGUAAAUAAUAAAAAAUUACAAGAGGUGUCCGACAGCAGUAAACAUUUCACAAAGUCGUUAUCCGAUACCAGAAAUAUUAAAUUUGAUAAAAUCAUCGAAGAAUCUGCCGACCGCAGUCAAAGUUUGGGUCGAGUUUUAUCGCCUCAAGAAAUGGAAACGCUAAAACUGUUUCAAAAAAAUUACUCGAAAGAAUUGCGUAAAAACGAAGACACCGUUAAAACAAAAGCACCCAUGCUGACAUCUAAAAGCAGCUUUGAACUGGGCGUUCCUUCCAAUUUACUUCAAACUGACGGAAAUUCGCCGUAUCCGUUGAAUUGCGGAGGAGUGCAAAUCUCAUUCGCCGGCUCGACCAAACUGAAGAGUCUUCGUCCUUCUAGGAUUAAAACAGAAAUGCACAUUAACGUGCCUAAACAUUUAAUUAAAGAACAUAGUUCGAGUAGUGAAAACAACAAUAGUGUUGAUAAUAAUGAUUCGGCAUUCGACGAAAGCGUCGAGUCGAUUGACUCAAACGGUAAUCUUUCGGAUAAAGCUGAAAGCACCGUGAGUGCGGUGCAAGAUUCGAAGAUGUGUAAUUCCGAUAUAACGAUUAGUUGAUCGUGUGGAUUUUCUUCCGUGCCAUUGCACAGUAUUUGAUUUUUCAAACGAAUACUCCAAGUAUUAAAUAGUUCCAAAAAUUCGUUUUAGAUUUACCUACUCGUAGAGAUACUUUUGAUAAUUAUUUUGUUACGUCAGUUGAUAAAUUUAAGUUUUAUGUCUAUGAGACUGUUAAUUAGAGAUCGAUGGUAAAUAUAUUUUUUUGAUCUCUUUAAUUUGCGAAUGAAUUUCAUUUUUGUGAUUAUUAUUGUUGAUUGAUUGUGAUUUUUUUUCUUUUUUUUUUUGACAUUACAUUAUUGUGUAUUCCGUUAUAGAGUCCUCUUUAUAUUUAUUAUGAUAAUUGAUAAUGAUAGUUUAUUUUCUUAUUCUUAUCCAGUGACGUAGAAAAUUUUCUAAUUAAAUGAAUAUUAUGAAUGAUUUUAAAUUUGAUAUAUUUAUUUGAAUUUUUAAAAAAAUGACUAAUAUUAAACGUUAGUAAUUUAAUUAUGCCUAUUUCCGAAUCAGAUAAUGAUUUUAUGUACAUGUACUUGAGCAGUACUCACAAUUACAUGGAUUUUUAAAUAUAUUCUUUUUGUGUAUUAA